UUCAGUCCCAAGAGUUUUCUUUUUUGGCAAUUAAUACACUCAGCUGAUUCCACACAUAUCAAAGCGCUGUUGUGUGUGUGUUCCCUGCAGGGUGUGCGUUUGGUGGAGCUGGGCGAUCUCUACUUUGACGUGAGCCUGUUGCUAUGGUGCUGCAGCCUGGUGUGGCUCACCCAGCAGGGCCUGUGCUCAGCCUACGUCCCCAUGCUCAUGGUGGCUUUCCCCCUGGCCACCAGACUGCUGCUGGCCCGAGAGUUUAAAAACAGAGGAGCGUCACUGAAGUACAGUGCGCUCUAUCUGUUGGGCCUGGGGCUGCCUUACGUCCACUUCAUGUUCCUCAUCUGGGUGGUGUUUGAGAUCUUCACACCUAUUAUGGGUCGCAGCGGCACCGAGAUACCGCCUGAGGUAGUAAUGGCCACCCUCGUCACCCUGGCAACCAUCUUCCUCUCCUCCUUUUUUGUGAGUAUUCCAACAUUGUGUACAAUAAUGAAUAAAAGCCAG